UGGGGAGGGGGUUACCUGAAUUAAAAUUGUAUUCACUGGAAAAAACUAGAGCUACAAACAGCUCGUUUACGGUGUUACAAUUGAAAAUGAUGUUUAUUUUUAAUUAAAAGGUCUCCGAUAUCACGAUUCCCUUUGCGGUCCAUAUUAGAUGAAUUGUCAGACCGCGCUGAUCGGUUUGUAUUUUGUGAUUGGUAUAUUCCUCGUCCUGUGGGAGACAGACCCGUUCAGACACUGAGGGAGAGCAGAGAGGAGAUCUGAAGAGCAGAAAGGACACAUUCACUGAGGAGACAGUCAGAGUGAGUGACUGGAGCACUAGAGCCGUGCUGCACAUCCCACUGACAAUACCUGAAGACUGCCUUAUCCUGGUGAAAACCAAGGAACAACGAUGAAGUUGGUACCGAUCUGCAUUAAGCAGGAGAUGCCUGAACUGGAGCCUGUCCACAUGAAAGAAGAGACUGAACUGGAGCCUGUCCACAUGAAAGAAGAGACUGAACUGGAGCCUGUCCACAUGAAAGAAGAGACUGAACUGGAGCCUGUCCACAUGAAAGAAGAGACUGAACUGGAGCCUGUCCACAUGAAAGAAGAGACUGAACUGGAGCCUGUCCACAUGAAAGAAGAGACUGAACUGGAGCCUGUCCACAUGAAAGAAGAGACUGAACUGGAGCCUGUCCACAUGAAAGAAGAGACUGAACUGGAGCCUGUCCACAUGAAAGAAGAGACUGAACUGGAGCCUGUCCACAUGAAAGAAGAGACUGAACUGGAGCCUGUCCACAUGAAAGAAGAGACUGAACUGGAGCCUGUCCACAUGAAAGAAGAGACUGAACUGGAUCCUGUCCACAUGAAAGAGACUGAACUGGAGCCUGUCCACAUUAAAGAGGAAGAGACUGAACUGGAGCCUGUCCAUAUUAAAGAAGAGACUGAACUGGAGCCUGUCCACAUUAAAGAGGAGACUGAACUGGAGCCUGUCCACAUUAAACAAGAGACUGAAUUGGAACCUGUCCACAUUGAAGGGGAAUCUGUUGACUUGUUUAAGGAUACAGAAAAUAUAUCCCGGCCAAAGAUAUCACAUCAGUGUAAUGAAUGUGGGCAGAGCUUCAGCCGACCAGGAAGCCUAAAAACACACCAGCAGAUUCACACUGGAGAGAAGCCGCACCACUGUAAUGAAUGUGGAAAGAGCUUCCGUCAGUUAGCAGUCCUAAAAAGGCACCAGCGACUUCACACUGGAGAAAAGCCGUAUCACUGUACUGAAUGUGGAAAGAGCUUCCGUCAGUUAGCAGUCCUAAAAAGACACCAGAGACUUCACACUGGAGAGAAGCCACACCACUGUACUGAAUGUGGGAAGUGCUUCAAUGCGUCAGGAAGCCUAAAAAGACACCAGCGACUUCACACUGGAGAGAAGCCGUAUCACUGUUUUGAAUGUGGAGAGAGUUUCAUGGAGUCAGGAAGCCUAAAAAGACACCAUCGAUUUCACACUGGAGAGAAACCGUAUCACUGUUUUGAAUGUGGGAAAAGCUUCACUGACAAAGGAACACUAAACAAACACCAGCGAAUUCACACUGGAGAGAAGCCGUAUCAAUGUACUGAAUGUGGGAAGAGCUUCAAUGCGUCAGGAAGCCUAAAAAGACACCAUCGAUUUCACACUGGAGAGAAGCCGUAUCGCUGUUUUGAAUGUGGGAAAAGCUUCACUGACAAAGGAAAAUUAAAAAAACACCAGCGAAUUCACACUGGAGAGAAGCCGUAUCACUGUGUUGAAUGUGGGGAGUGCUUUAGUCAGUCAGGAAACCUAAAAACGCACCAGCGACUACACACUAGAGAGAAGCCAUAUCAAUGUACUGAAUGUGGGGAAAGCUUCACUAACAAAGGAAAACUAAAAAAACACCAGAGAAUUCACACUGGAGAAAAGCCACACCACUGUACUGACUGUGGGAAGAGCUUCAAUGUGUCAGGAAAACUAAAAAUACACCAGCGAAUUCACACUGGAGAGAAGCCAUAUCAAUGUAUUGAAUGUGGAGAGAGCUUCAGUGAGUCAGGAAGCCUAAAUAGACACCAACGCAUUCACACUGGAGAGAAGCCGUAUCGCUGUGUUGAAUGUGGGGAGAGCUUUAGGCAGUCAGGAAACCUAAAAAGACACCAGCGAAUUCACACUAGAGCCAGCCUCCCUCCCUCCCAGUCCCUCACCUCUCCACCCUGCUUGCUUGAGUGUGUGGAGAGCUGACUGAUUCCUUGUCUCUCUCUCUCUCACCCUGCAGUAAAUGAAGGGGGUCCCCAGGAGUGAGAGCCAGUCUGAAUCCAGAGACACUGAGAAGAGGAGCGUGUCAAACUGAAGGAGACAGACCCAUUCUUUCAGAAUGAACUGCAUUGGAAAUGAAUCUCACUCAUCAUGCUGUGAGGAUUUAUGCCAAGCUUGUUUCUGUGAACACAUUAAACAAAGAUGCCAAAAACACAUCAUAUUUUUAAAAUACCAUUACUGUACCAGUGUCGGUGAGAAAAGAAGUGAAUUAUUUAAAAGAAUCUAAAACUAAAACUCUCUUCAUGGGUGUGGCAGCAGUGUGCCCUUCAUAUUACUAGAAUGGCCUCUAAGCUAUUGCACCACAUAUGUAACUGAGAUGGAUUUACCAGUGAGCAGGAGGAUGAUGGGAAAUGUAGUUCUGAGAGGUCCAUGAGGCAGGGAAUGCAAUUUAAAAGUUUAAAAAAGUGGUCAAAAUAUAAAAAUAAACAACAAAUUAAACAAUAUGCUCACCUUCCGUAAGCAGUUGUAGCAACACAUGGGAACAUGCGACCCAAUCAAAUAAAAAGGUCCUCAUGCACCCUUUAAGUACUGAGAAACUCCAAGCUUGUUGUGUACUGGAGCCCUGCUUCAAUGCAGUGGGAUUGAAAUACAAUUCCUAUCAUUUUUAUUGUGUAAAUUGCUGUGUGUGCAAUUAUGACAGACCCACAAUAUUAGAGCUGUAUAAAUAUACUGUAAAGCAUGAAAGGUUUGCAAGUAAAAGAUUCAUAAAAGUUGCUUUUACUCAAAUCUGCAAUACAUACAUGCUACAACAUUACCAUUAUUACUACAUUCAUAGCUUAUACAGUUUAUGAAUAAUUGAUCUAAACAAUCUGCAGGAUGAAGUUGCCUCAGACUGGUUGACAGUAACAGAGCUGGUGCUUUUGUGGAAUCACCAUUAGCUGUUUAUUCCUUUUGGGCAAAAUAUGGCUUGUUUGCUUGUAUUUUGUAUCAGUAUGAUAUCAUUAGAGUGACAAUGCAGUACAUCCAAAGGCAGGCUUGGUUAUUUAUAAAGGAUUUCAUUGACAUUGAGUUUGAGUUCCUGUAUGUUUUCCAGUAUCUGUGUGUAUAAAGGGCACAUUAUUAUGUUUCCAUUACCUCUGUAUGUAAAAGGAUUGUCAUUGUUUAAACUGUCAAUGAUUCCUGAGAUACAGAUCUGCAGUGGAACUGAACAAACCCAAGGGAGACAUUGAAAAAGGGGAAGAUGCUGCUGUUUGUGGUGAAUAUUCCCUGAAUAUGAUAUUAAUACAUGAAAGUGUAUUAUAAAUGUAACUGGACAGAUUAAUGAAAUCUGUGUCUUGAAGAAAAAGGGCUCCUUUCCUGCAGACACACUGAACUGUGUGACCCCUGAACUAGGUGAGCAGGGCUGGGUGGCAUCUGGACUGGAUUAGGCUGAAAGGACAGUUGAAUUCUGUACAGAUAAUUCACAGCGGCAACAAGAAGCGGUUUGACGCGAGGAAGACAUAAAGCAUCGAUGUCCUAGCGGAAAAGGACAUUAAACAUCAAAGGACUGAGUUUUAAGAUGCAAGAUGAACAAAUGACCAAUGCAGAUAGCAACCUAGCAUAGAGAAAUGCUAUAAAUAUUCAAGCAAAACUAAACAUGUUGUGCUGCACUUUGACUGCUAAACUAAUUGCUGUCACUCUGCUAUGCCAAGCUGCAACUCCAGGACUGUGACUGAGAACACGACCCAAAAAGGGAAGGCAAGCUAGUAAACGAGCAAAUGCAGAGAGACUGAGGCCUGGCUGGAGGACUGCCGUAAAACUUACAGAGACUUUCAUCAGACAAACAAGUCUGAGUCUGCUGUACCUAAGCCAGUAUAGUUCCAGUUGCAUUUUCCUCUCAUGAAACUAAAUUAAUUAAUUGUAACACUGUCAGGUACAAUUGAAAUGUUAAUUGUUUAGUUUGCACACCUUGUGUGUGAAAUAACGUUUUAGUGAAUCUUGAUAAAGUAACUAUAAGUAAUCUACCUCAUAGUUGUAUGAAGAAUUUAUUUUAAAGUAAACUUGCUAUCGAUAAAUAAUUUACUAUUAGUAAGCUUAGUGUGAUCGAUUGUAAGAUUGUCUGAACCAUUUCAGUUUAGGCUGUAUGUGUGUGUGUAUGUGAGUGUAGACAAUGUAGACAGUGUCAUAUUUCACUGGUCCUGCUAGAUGUUUUAAUGCAGGCUGAGAGCUUUGACUGACUGGAAUAGAUUACAGAUAUAUGACCAAAGGUUUUGCCUCACUCUAUAGAAUGAACUAAUUUUGCUUCAUAAAGUCAAAUGAAACCUGCUGAAUAAUGUUACGUUAACAUAUUGAAUUACAGUGAUUUGUAGUUUUGCAUAUACUGAAUGAAAGUGACAGAAAUUGAAAUAAAUUGUCAUUUUGAAAUCUAUGAUGAAGUACUGUACUACUAUUAUGGCAUCCAGUAGACUUUUGUGAUAUCCUUGUGUAGUUUCUUUGAUUACACAAUGUUAAAUAAGUUAUGAAUUGUAUCAAAAAUUCUAGGUGAUGCUAAACUUUUGUCCGAGCUGUACAUAUACAUCAGCACUGCCAUUAAAAUACAAUGUUUAAAGCUUUAUAUAUUGUGUAUCAAUUGCAUCCUGUAAGACAGUGUGAAGUGUAGAUCAUGCUAUUAAAAGAGAACACCUUUACACAUUUCACUAUUCAGAAGCCACUAAUAAACUUUGCAUUGAUUUUACACUGAA